AUGCAAUAAGAAGAAAAAACAAAUUGUUUCUGUUUUCAUAAGAAAAAUAAAGGAAUAUACCCAAAAACCUUUAAAAAAACAAAUGAAAUACUUCGCAAAUAUAAAAAUAAUUUUUUGGAUGUAAAUUUUAAAGAAAUAAUUAGAUUUCUGAUUCUGAUAUUUUAGAAGUUAUUAUUAGAUUGUAUAUUUCAGAGGAUAAACAAAAGGCAAUAUCAAUGUUAUCACGUUGUCGCAUCAAUCCAAAUUUUUAAUAAAAUAGUUUAAGAGAGGAUCUUGAAUAUUUCAUUCCUUAAAUGGUUAACUUUAUGGUAUUCCAUUAAUAAUUAUCAGAUGAUAAUUUAAAGUAAUUUGUUUUAAAAGCAUCAUCUUUAGAUUUUUUUUUUGCACAUUUAGUAUAUUUUUAGAUGAAAAGCUUAUCAUAAAUAAUAACAGCUAAUGAAAUUGUUACUAUUAACGUAGUCAAGAAAUUUCUUGAAUAUUUUUUAUUUUAAAUGGCUUAAAAUUAUGCAGGUGAUUUACUAAUUGCUACUCACAUUCUUUAAAUUAAUUUAGAACUAAGUAAUUUAAAAGAAGAUAGUUCAGAUUCAGAUUCUAAUUCUCCAAAAAAAUCAUAGCUACAAGAAGUUUAUAGAGGUUCAACUAAAUAAUAAUCAAUUAAAGUAAACGAAUCUGUUUAAAAUUAUGGAACUUCAAAUUGGAUCAAAUUUUAAAAUUCUCAUCCUUACGAUAAUAGAGUGAAAAACCAUUAAGAAAUUAUAUUAUAAGAUUAUGAUUCAAUAUUUAAUUCAGAAAAUAAGGAAAAAACCUAAGAUACUGCAUUUAUUUCAAAUAUUUUAUUUUGGAAUGAUAUUAUGAGAAUUUGUGAUGAAUUAUCAAAAAUUCAAAAUAAAAAAACAGAAGUCUUAUAAUAAUUAUUGUAAAGAAUAAAUAAAUGUUUACCUGCAUCUGUUUAUGUUCCUUUUGUAAAAAAUCAAGUUAGAAAUUAUGCUAUUCUAAAAAUUGUUCCUUAAGAAAGCAAAGUAUUUUCAACAAAAAUGAGAAGUCCAUUUAGUUUAACAUUAGAAUUAUAUAGACCAGAAAUUGAAGGUUAAAAUAACCAUAAAUUUAUUGAAAAAAAAAUAUCUCAUCGAAUUACUAUUUGUGUAAGCAGUAUUUUUAUAAUUUUAGUAAAGUAAAUUAUUAAAAAGAACAUAAAGUUAAUUAUUUGAUGAGGAUCAUUAAAUUGUAGAAAAUAGAAGAACAUUUUCAUCUACAGAUGCUUAAAAACAAAUUUAGAAUGAAUUUUAAUAAAUUAAAUUUUUUUAGAUGAGCUAAUAAACGCAUCAUCCAAUAAUAGAGGGAACAUCUUAAUUUUAUCAUUAGUAUCCUAAUGAAUAAGAUGAAGAUGAAUAAAUUGAUUAAUAAAAAUAAAAACCUGAAAUAUCAUCAGCUUAUUCUUUAGAAGAAAAUAUUUAAGCUUUUAGUAUAGAUGAAUAAUCAAUUAAUUGUGAGAAUAAUCGUGAAACUAAUUGGUUAACAAGUAUAAUUGGUAGAAAUAGCUUUAUUCAACCUAAUAGAGGAGUAGUUUUAACAACUGAAGAACAUUUAGAAAUGAAAAAAGCAAUAUUUGGAGAAAAUUCACUUGAUUAAUUUGAAAGAAUUAAAUCUUAAUCAAUAUUUUCUUAAUUGUAAACUUGGAAUCUAAUUCAUUUAAUUAUAAAAACAGGUGAUAAUUUGAAAUAAGAAUAAUUUGCAUUGUAAUUGAUAUCAUAAUUUGAUUAAAUCUUUAGAAAAGAAGCUUUGCCAUUAAAAUUAAGAUAUUAUGAAGUUCUUUCAAUGGGUCCUGAUUGUGGUAUUAUUGAAAUGAUUAAAAAUGCAACUACAAUUGAUAGUUUAUAAAAGCAUUUAAGAAGAGAUUAUACAUAAUUUAAAAAUUUUUCAGAUUUCUUUAGAAGUUUUUUUAGAAAUAAAAUAGAUUAAGCAUUAGAUAAUUAUGUAUAAUCAUUAGUAGCUUAUGGAUUAGUAUGUUAUUUUUUAUAAGUUAAAGAUAGACAUAAUGGAAAUAUAUUAUUAGAUAGUGAAGGACACUUAAUACAUAUAGAUUUUGGUUUUUUUUUGUCUAUAGCACCAGGAAAAGGAGUAGAAUUCGAAAAAAAAGUACCAUUUAAAUUAUUAUCUGAUUAUAUUGAGGUUUUAGGAGGUGUAUAAGGAAAUCUUUUUAGAGAAAAUUUUAGGAAAUUAUUUUUUUAGUAUAUAAUAAUUAAAAUUUGUAGAGGAUUUAAAGCAUGUUAGAAACAUUAAAAAGAAAUUUUGCUUCUUGUUGAAAUGAUGUAUACUGGACAUGGAACAACUUUACCUUGUUUUUCAAAAGGUGAAUAAACUUUAAAAGAACUAUAAUUAAGAUUCAAUCCAAAAGUAUAAUCUUAAGCCGAAUUAUAUGUUCAUGUAUAAGAAUUAAUUGAUAAAUCAUUGGAUAAUUGGAGAGCUAAAUGGUACUUAGAUAAAAUAUUAUUUAGGUAUGACAAAUUUUAAUAUUUUGCGUAAGGAAUAUUUUAUUGA